GAUAGCAACAAUAAUGGCGGACACGCUUUUACUGAGAGCACUACAGGGAAAACCGAAACAGUUGAAUUUAUGCAACAAGAAACUUGACAGGGUACCAAAGAUAAUUGGAAAGAUAGAUUGUCUUGUCCAGCUUCAGUUAAAAAAUAACAAAUUGCAGAACUUGCCUCAGGAAUUUGAAAAUUUAUACCAGCUUGAGGUGCUCAAUCUUGGCAAUAAUGAGUUUGAAGUACUACCAGAAGUUCUGAAGUCAGCAAGAAAUCUUGACAAGCUUCACCUCUUUAAUAACAAACUGACAACGCUUACCCCACAAGCUCUCAGCGGCCUUGUGAACCUCACCCUCCUCAAUCUCAAUGGAAACAAAUUAAAAACACUCCCUCCAGAGAUUUGUAGACUGUCCAACCUUCAGCACCUAAGUGUGGACAACAACUUACUGACAGAGCUGCCCAUCGAGUUCUGUGCUCUCACCAAGUUGCAGGAGCUUCAUGCUGCAGGGAAUCAGCUGACGUCAUUGCCGCUGGAGUUCGGGUUCCUCACUGGGUUGGAAAAGCUACAUCUGCAGAAAAACCAGAUCAGAGAACUACCAGAGAGUUUGAGUAAGUGCUACAGGCUGAGAGUGAUUGACAUCGCAGCAAAUGAACUCCGGAUAUUUCCUACAGAGUUUGCAGCACUCCCCCUGAAGGAGAUUCAUUGCGAGGAGAACCCCCUCCUGCAGCAUAUACCUGUACACUCAGUACAGGAGGAAGAGGUGUUGUCUUUAAAGGAGAUCUGUGCACGCUACAUCAUGAAGGAGCUGAAGGAUCGGUAUGCGUACCUGCGGCGAGCUAUCCGCCACUACCCGGAGAUCAGGGACAUGUUGAGUCAAGCCAGUAAGUGUGCCGUGUGCAGCGAGUCCUUCCUCAACACAUGGCUGGAGUGUGUCAAGUUCAUCAGUGCAAAACAGGAUCUGAAAGUUGGGAACUUACAUGGCCAGAUUCCUAUCCGAGCUCUUCUCUGCUCCUACAAAUGUUUCAACGCUAAAGGACAUGAAUUCUAUGGAGUUGCCUUUCCCUGAUCAGAUUUGUGUCAAUACUUGAUUGGUGAGAAUGUUUCCUCCAAUGAGAAUUACAUCACCACUUCCACACUGUGUAUGAUAUCAUCAGCUGUGAGUGUACUGAACAAUUUGCUAAUAUGUGCAUUAGAAACAGAAGCUAAAUAAACCAGUAAGAGAAAAACCUAUAUUUUAGGAAAUUGAUAAACCUUACCUUUAAGAAAUAUGUGUGGUAUGUGUAUGUUUCAGUGUAUGUUUCAUUGAAGGUGCAGACAUAAACAUAUCUUGCUGUUAUCAGAAGGUAAUGAAUGAACGCUGCUGAAACACUUGCAAACUUUGAUCAUACUGAUCUGGGGGACACUGGACUUGAAUCAUACUGAUCUGGGGGUCAUUGGACUUGAAUUAUACUGAUCUGGGGGACACUGAACCUGAAUCAUACUGAUCUGGGGGACACUGAACCUGAAUCAUACUGAUCUGGGGGACACUGGACUUGAAUCAUACUGAUCUGGGGGACACUGGACUUGAAUUAUACUGAUCUGGGGGACACUGGACUUGAAUCAUACUGAUCUGAGGGUCAUUGGACUUGAAUCAUACUGAUCUGGGGGUCACUGGACUUGAAUUAUACUGAUCUGGGGGUCAUUGGACUUGAAUCAUACUGAUCCAGGGGAUGUUGGAUGUGUCUGACACUGAUCUGAGUGAUUGUGACAUUUAAUGACUUUGUGUUUUGUGAAACAAUUCUUCAAUGACAUUGAUCAGGAUGACAUUGGGCUUCAACCACCUUCCACCAUGUUUCCGCUCACUCAUCACAUGACCUACAGUGUGCCGAGCCUUUAGUUAAUGUCAAUGUGAACCAUGUUCCACAUGUCCUGUGAUAUUUUGUAUUCUUGAUGAACAUGAUACAUGAUACAUAUGUCAGUGUUACAUGUGAUACUCUGUAUUCUUGAUCUUGAUGUAUUCUUGAUGAACAUGAUACAUGCAUGUCAGUGUUACUGUGAUACUCUGUAUUCUUGAUGAACAUGAUACAUGCAUGUCAGUGUUACUGUGAUACUCUGUAUUCUUGAUGAACAU